UUGGUGCGUAAUACCCUUUCUUGUCAGACCUUCGAAGUACUUGGAGAUAGUACCAAUAACGUCAAUCGUGUCUCAUUCAUCGUGAAAGCUUUGUCAACUGUCACAACGAGUUCCAUGCUUGGGAAGGCAAGCCUAGAUGUUCCGAUCAUCGUACACGUUGUUCCAUCGUGACAAUGGAACCUUAACUCGUGUUUUCCGUUCUUUGCGCAGCCCUACAAAGUUAGCUUUCCUCUCGUAAGACCCGUCGACCUCCCCAAUGAAUAUCUCCCCGAGCGGCCGCGCACCAAGUCCCUUGGGAUUCUAUGGUCGCGUAGGCUCUGACGGAACACCUUAUGUUUACUCAAGCCCCAGCCUUCCCAGCGGCGACUUUCAGAUCGAGCGCAGCAUUAGGUCACCUUAUCGCCCACACACCGUAGCGCCUGCUCUGCACCAAGGCUACGAAGAGGAGCUCAUAUACCGAGAUCACAUCUCGCGCCUUCUCACCGCCAAAACUCGCGUGUUCUCAAUCUCUGGUCGAAUCCCUUUGGAUCCCUCACAGCUGGUUCUGUUUUUCCGGACGAAGAGCGGAAUAACCCAUUCCCUCGAUUUCCCCAUCGAUGUCGACUACAACACCCCCCCGGCCCUCGAUGUCCUCAUCGCCGCCUGCCGACCCCACCAAACAUCAGAUAUAGACUCAUACGCAGAGCACGAAUCGCUCUUCUUCCCCCCAAAUCUUCCACUCACUACCUCUCUUGAAAUCGCCAACCAUCCCAUCCUAGCAGCCAUCCGGACAACGCUCUUCCCCUCCCUCCCCGAGGGCCAGUACCUCACCACUCGGCGGGACCGUCUCGAAGUCAUCGUCUCCGGCGGCCGCAUGGGGCCCCAGUCUCGCUCUCUCCGUAACGAUGGGCGGGUAGCAACCAUCACCGUAACCCUUCCCGUGCGCUUCCGCGGUGGCGCACUCAUCGUCCGGUCCGAUAGCACCAAUGCGGAGGAACGGUUCACCGGCAAAGGCGGCAAGAACGGCGAUAUCGAGUGGACGGCCUUCCUUGCGGAUUGUGACUAUGAGGUCGAGAUGGUCGAGAAGGGGUGUAGGUUGUCGAUCCUGUAUGGGGUGUAUCUCAAGACGUUUGGGACGGGGGUGGGGGUGGGGGUGGUUGCGGAACCGCUGGUUAACCCUAGUGAUGGGUUCUUUGAUUUGCUCGCUCCGGUGUUGAAUAUGUCUAGAGGGAGGAAGGUCGCGUUUUCCCUUUCUCAUGACUAUGGUGUGUGUCCUGCGGACGUCUUGGCGGAAUAUUUGGUGCCUUAUCUGAAAGGCGGGGACUCGGUAUUGUACAAUGCCCUCAGGCUAUACAAGCUCACUCCUGAGCUACAUUGGACCGCCGGAGGAUACAUCUGGCCAAUCGACCACCUCGUCGAAUCCCUCAGCGAAGAUAUCUCCAGCCCUGGUCUCGAUAUUGUGCGGAGAGGCACACCUGCUCUGCGCGGUGCUUUCAGUACCUAUGGAGACCCCGAGCUUCACGGGGAGGUGGACAACUUGCGGCAGCGAAUAGCGAGCAGUGGUGCUAUUCCCCUUCUGGAGGCUGAGAUUACCAUUUUGACGGAUGGGAAUGUGCAGGCGGUUGGCAAGGAGCGUGUUCCGUUCGUGUCGAAUGGUCAGCUGGAUAAGCUGGUGGUCAACGCGGUGAUAGUCGUUUAUGUCCCUUGAUUUGUUUCUUUCGCUUAUGAUGUUGAAUUGCCAUUACUUCGUUACUAUGUCGGUCUGAACUGUGGUCGCAUGCGGUGACUGUGCCGCUAGUAUAUAGUAUUGCUUAGCAAGUUGGGAGCGAUCCAACACACUCGAGUAGGGAUUAGC